AAAAACAUUAGCCAACACUAAAAAGAUCAUAGGGAAAACACAACAGAGUUAACAAAACGGCUGGAAAAAUUAUUUAUAAACAUAAAGAAGAAUUUAACAAAAGUUUAAUGAUAAGUCGGAGACACGCAUGAAUUGCAAAAGAUAUGAAUUAAGAUAAUUCCGAUGCUAAUGAUACAACGAUAUAUUGAGGAAAACAGCUGUGAUCAUUACAACGACAGCAUUUGCGUUCCUUCCCGCAAAUCCACUUUCGCAAGAUCUAUUAGGAUGAGUCUUCGCACGCGUGUGCUUGUGUUCUCUACAUUCUUUGGCAGUUGUCUGGCCAUCGGAUUACUAUUGACCAGUAUGACAACCAAUCACUGGGUGCGUGCCUAUCCGCGGCGCACAAAUUCCACAGAAGCCAAGGGAGACGUCAACUUUGGUUUGUUUUAUGGCAAUCAGAACUUGAAUCCUGGUUUUGGGGUACGGAACAAUCAGGUUAAUGUUUACUCCUUUAUUCGCUCCGAACAUGGUGAAACUAGUUUCUGGCUAUGGUUGCUCACAACACUUGGCACUGGAUUUGGACUGUUGGCAAGCGCCAUAUCAGCGAUAGCCGCUGUGCUGAAGGCAGCGGCAUCAGAAAAGAAAGGCAUUAACAUGAUGCUCCUGUUAGCUUCCAACGUUUCAUCGGCUUGUGCACAGGUUAUUGCGUUCUUAUCUUGGCUGAUUCAAUUCUAUCAGUAUCUCAUUCACAAUGUUCUUCUAACUGAGCACCAAAAACAACACUGGUACAGCACAGGAUUGGCUAAUUUGGGCUACAGCUUCUAUUUAGUUGUUAUUUCUACAAUUGUGGUAUUGAUAAAUAUAACAGUUCUGAUUUAUGCUAGACGACGUGAGCUUCGCGAACGUCAUCGCUCGGAUCCGCUUAACAAAGACAAGAAUCAAGCGGCCAUAAUGCUUUACUAGCCAGAAAGCUGCAGGAAGUAUAAUCCAAAUAUAACCUCAAAUGGAAAUGUUCGAUCAAGCGAUGCGGCAACGCGCACCACAUAAUCUCAGCGGCUCAAUUGUUUGUGCCUUACUUAAAGAUGCCCUUGCAUGCCACAAUAUAUAUUUCAUAUAUAUUGUAUAUAUAUUUAUCGUAGUCUUUAAGGCGAUAUACAUGUGUUAAGGCUGAUAAGCAUUUUGAUUGCAAAACAGUCUUGAUGAAACAAACGAGCUGUACAACUUAAACAUAUACA